AUGGCCUCGGUCAACCAGCCCGCGCGCGACCUUGCGAUUGCCCUCUCGGACGUCAUGGGCGGUGCGCAGGGCUCAGACAGCAAGCUGCAGGCGACCAUCAAGCGCCUCCAUGAGGCCGCAGGCUUGGACACAGGCAAUGGCGAGCGCUUGGAGGAUAACCCAGUGAUUAAGAAGAUGAAGGCUGAGCUCGCAGAGAUGCAGGGACACAUCAAAAAUCACGGCGAUCAGCUUGCCAGCAUCCAGCAGUCGACAUCCACCACCUCAGAUGAUGUACGUGCGCUUCGUAACUUGCUCGAGGGUGGCUUAGGCGGCAACGGUGGCAAAGGCAGUUGGAACGCUCCUGGUCCCAAAGGUCUCGGCAAAGGAGCAGAUCAGGGUGUUCCCGCAGUCCACGAGAAUGGCCCCGUCAUGAACCCCAUGAUGACCAAGCAGAUGCACGAGACCGCGUUGUCGUUUCUUGGCGUGUCGAAGGAUCGAGCUGAUGUAUCGCAGUGGGCUGCGACGAUUCCCGAGGGUGGCCUUCCCUACUUGGCUUGGUGGACGGAGAUUGGCAAGAAGAAAGGGCUCGACCAGUGGCGUCGCAAACUCAAGUCGCUCGGAGCCAGCGAGGCGCAGGUGGAUGGCAAAGACUUGGCCGUCAUGGGCACGCUCUUGUUUCAGUUUCUCGACGAGGAUGGGGAGUGGGCGGACGAGUGGGCGGACACCGCCAUGCAGCAGGCGCCCCCCGCAGCAUGA